UUCUGGUAUCGCAAGAGGACAAAAUGUCACUGAAAGCUAAAGCACUUUAUACUUUCCAAAGUGAGAAUGCAGAGGAGAUCAGCAUACAGGAGAAUGAGGAGCUAGUUAUCUUUGAUGAGAAUUCUGUAGAUGGCUGGUUACGAGGAGAAAACAGCCGUGGAGAGAGAGGCCUAUUCCCAGCCUCUUACGUUGAGAUUAUACGGCCACGUUCCAACUCCAACCUGACUGACUGCUCCCUCAGCCCUGCUGGCUCCCCUGCAAAAGAACAUUUCUACUACUCCCCUACUACUAACACCACCUUCUAUGACGAUGAUGACGAUGACUGGGAUGACUGGGACGACAGCUCUACGGUGGUUGAGGAUGAAGACCCUCGCAGGGCGGUGGGUGCAAAUGGCCAUGCCCAUCAGAGUCCCAACCCCAACGUGCACUACCGUGCCAAGCCUCACAUGGAGCGCCAGGACAGCAUCUCUAGCUCCAGGAAGGGCAGCAUGGUGGGCAGGAACCUCAACCGCUUCUCCAGUUUUGUGCGCUCAGGUGUAGAGGCAUUCGUGCUUGGCGAUGUGCCCAUGAUGGCAAAGAUAGCUGAGGCCUAUAGCAUAGAGAUGGGCUCCCAGGGGCCUCAGUGGAAGGAGAGUCCCCAGCCAUUCUCCUGCUCCAUUGAAGAUCCCACCAAACAGACUAAGUUCAAAGGCAUUAAGACUUACAUUUCCUACCGGGUCACUCCCAGUCACACCGGCAGACCUGUGUACCGCCGCUACAAGCACUUCGACUGGCUCUACAAUCGCCUGCUGCACAAGUUCACCGUCAUCUCCGUCCCCCACCUGCCUGAGAAACAGGCCACUGGGCGUUUCGAGGAGGACUUCAUUGAGAAGAGGAAGAGGAGGCUCAUCCUGUGGAUGGAUCACAUGACCAGCCACCCGGUGCUGUCCCAGUAUGAGGGUUUUGAGCACUUCCUCAUGUGUGGCGAUGACAAGCAGUGGAAGCUGGGGAAGCGGCGGGCAGAGAAGGACGAGCUGGUGGGUGCCCACUUUAUGCUCACGCUACACAUCCCCAACGAACACCAGGACCUGCAGGAUGUGGAGGAGCGUGUCGACACCUUCAAGGCCUUUGCCAAGAAAAUGGAUGACAGCGUGAUGCAGCUGACGCACGUGGCCUCCGAGCUCGUCCGUAAGCAUCUUGGGGGCUUCCGCAAGGAGUUCCAGCGACUGGGUCAUGCUUUCCAGUCCAUCAGCCAGGCGUUCAUGCUUGACCCACCGCACACCUCAGACGCCCUCAAUGCCGCCAUCUCACACACAGGCCGCACUUACGAGAACAUUGGAGAGAUGUUUGCCGAGCAACCCAAAUAUGACCUGUUCCACAUGCUGGACAAACUGUCGCUCUACCAAGGUUUGCUGUCCAACUUCCCGGACAUCAUUCAUUUACAGAAAGGUGCAUUUGCAAAGGUGAAAGAGUCACAGCGUAUGAGCGAUGAGGGUAAGAUGGACCAGGACGAGGCCGACGGCAUUCGCAAGCGCUGCAGGACUGUGGGCUUCGCCCUGCAGGCCGAGAUGAGUCACUUCCACCGUCGUCGCGAGGUGGACUUCAAGGAGAUGAUGCAGGCCUACCUUCGCCAGCAGAUCGCCUUCUACCAGCGUGUGGGUCAGCAGCUGGAGAGGACACUGCACAUGUAUGACAGCCUGUAGCACGUGAGCCUGCCACCACAGCUGGCGUUAGGCAACCAGAGCCUAGUUAACUCAUGUGGGGAGGCCGCCCUGCUCCUGCUCAAGAGCCGCUCAUAUUCUCUCGAGGGUUACGAAGAUGCCCUGUAGCUCGGAGAGGAUGUGUGGAUUCAAAGUCAUUUCUGAAUCAUUCUGAUUCUGCAGAGAUGGCUGGACUUGGUGGUUGUGGAGAUGGUCAGACUUCUAAAAAAGGCGAAUGCACAUGUGGACUAAGCACUUGCUUAUGCACUUAAAGAUGUCACUUUCAUGGCUGCUUUUAUUAGCCAAAACACAGAAUUCCAGGGACUCGCAUAGUUUUGUGAUGCCUUGAUGAUAAGAAAUAUUCAUGUAAUUAUAUCUAGCAUCUUAUUUUGUUUCACAUAUUCUGUUUUAUUUAAUCUUAUUUGCUAAGUAAAGUAAGUUCUUAGAUUAUGAUUUGUACUCUUGACCAGUUGUGACCUCCCAGACUCAGGUUGAGUAGCUUUUCUUGAGGAAAGGUCUUGAUUCAAGCCCUUUUUUGUGCCUGUUAGGGAUGUGCCUGUCAGGGAUGUCUUCAUGGCUCUGCAGGUCCAAGAGCCAUAUGAGGGUAAAACUGCUUGCUGCCACAAUAAACCAAUCUAGAAUCAACUGAGCUGGAACUCUGGGAUUCCGGGUAUUCUGGAACUCAGAAUUCUGUUACUGGGGUGGUGCGUUUGUCAGUAUAGACAACUGUAAUGAUUCUGCUAUUUGCAGUUACUACAAACCUAGAAAAGACUAUUAAAUGUUUGCUUUUAAGUUUUAACAGACAGCAAAGUGUAAUUUGUUGCCUCUAUGACUGGCAACAGUAUUCACUGUUUUAAAAUGGCCACGCGGUUCGCAACAUUCCUGUAACACCACCCAUUCUAAUUAUGAGAACAUGCUGACUGGUUUGUGUGUGCAACGUUUAAAAUUUCCAAAUGAAUGUUUUAACAGGAAUGGAUUUACAAAUGUUGGUGCACACAAUGAUUCUAUAAAUGCACCCUGAGUUUUGGGGUUGAUUUUAGCUGUAGUGCAUGUUGAAUGCAAAGUGUCCGAGGGGACGGGUACUUGUGGUCUACCUUUUUUUAAUAGGUUCUUCUAUUAGUUAUUUUUAGGAGAGUCAUUUUGCAUAGACUUUAAUGGACAGUGGACAGAGGUAGGACACUUCUGAGGACUAGUUUGUGAACAAGAGAGUGCAGAUGUUAAAAAUGCAUCACAAAUUCACACAAAUGUUACAUAUUAUUAAAGAUGGGGUUAAAGGUAAGGCUAGCUUUUGUUAAUAUUUUAUAUGUUUAGGUUGUAACGUUUGAAACAGUUUGCAAAUGCAGGCCAUGCAUACGUUUCCUUUCCAGAUUGUACUGUUCUGAAGGCUCUUGGAACUCUGUUCUUGCUGUAGACAGUGCUAGCAAACUAGCUUGUGGUAUUGCAAAGAUAAAGGGUUUCAGUGCUUUGAGGCUGCCGCUACUAAA